GCAAAGGACACCGAAAGGCAAUUUUCACUCGUCCACAGAACCUGCUUGGCGACAGAUACGAAUUGGGUGCCGGACUAGUGACCGACCGCAAGAACUGCCAUGGCGGACCAACCCUCAAGCAGCCGAAAGCUCAGAACAUUCCCCUCCACCAAAAUUACAUUCCGCAAACUGCGGACCUCGAGCGCCGAGUCCUCCGAGCUUUCGCGGCGCGUGUCUCUCACUGCUUCCGCGGAAGCGGACGACGAAGUAGUUUUGCUCAGCGCCCAGGGGACCGCCGAACGCGAGCCUGGAGCCGAAGGCCUCACUCGCUCUCAGAAUGAGGCGCUCACCGUCCAAGGUGCCGCCGGCACUACGACGACUGAACAACCCCGACAAGGCGGCCUGCCUCCCUAUCGUCCCCCGCGCAAAGUGGUUAAGGCGGCGGCUCUGAGCCGCUCGCGCCAGAAGGUUCACAGUGGACCCGAGACCCAAGGCGCCGGGCACAGCGAGUACGAGCCCGACGAUGACACUGAGCUUGGACCCGGAACUGGCGUAACGCCAGAGGACCAGCCUCUUAAAGAACGCGCUCCCUCCCAGUCAUCCGAUAGCUCGGACUUGUUCCAUAACUAUGGGUCCAUGCAUCGCAGAUGGUUUGAAAGACCCAAAUUUCGCAUUUGUUUGGUGGCGAUCAUAUGCCUUGUCUUCGUGACUGCCGUCAUUGUCAUUGUUAUCACUGUCAUCCACAGCCUGAAGCCGACGCCGGCCACUCCAGUACCGCUACCUCCGUGGCUUCCGUGGCGCAAUCGCACGGAUGACAACGGGCUUCCGCGCCUACUGCUGUGGGAACCACGUGUGUUGCGAAAUAAUCCACUAUCUCUGAGCGUCGAUAUUGACGCUGAGGCUUGGAGCGACACGCUUCAGUGCGAGCUCGAUGGACGCGAUGUCGAAGUAUGCGAUAUCACGAACGACCGGCGCCGCCUGGUGAGGAGUGAUGCAGUCGUCUUUUAUGCUGAGCUCUUGGACCAGUACGACAUCCCUGCCCAGCGUGCGGCUCCUCAGAUGUGGGUAUUCUGGGCGCGGGCCCAUCUGCCGCCCAUGGGAAAGGGAGGACGGUUAGUAAAUUCAUCCCUGUCCCUUCCACUGGUGACGAACUUGUUCAACUGGACUAUGGGCCGCCGUGAAGACGCAGACGUUGUGAUCCCGUACAAGACGUUGCGCUGCGACGCGUCCGCAGACGAGCCAGUCUCGCCUUACCAGUCUCGCCUUACCGAGCAGCCGCGGAGAGACGCCGCGUGGUUAGUGGAUGACUGUGAGGAAAACCGGUUCGAAAGCGAAGUGCUCCACAGCACCGUCGAUGGUGAGGGCUCCGUCUAUAUCCGCCUCUUUCCAGCUUGCGGAGCGUCCGAGUGCGGCUCUCCGGCGGAGUGCAUCGGCUACAUUGCCCAGCAGUAUCACUUCCUAGUGGUCUCCCUGGAGCCCGUCUGCUUCCAGAGCGCGUACGAGCUCAUCUAUGACGCGUUCGAGUACGACAUCGUUCCCGUCGUCCUGACACCACCCGGUGCAACACUGGAAGUGCCAGAGCAUUCAGUUGUGAGCUCGGCAGAGCUGCAUGGUGAGGGAGAACUGGCCAAGUACCUGCGAGCCUUGCUUGACGACCCUGAAAAAUACAACAGCUACUUCGCAUGGAAGCGCAACUGCUCCGUUGUAACUGCGGUCAACUUGCUUUGUCCCCUGUGUCACGCACUUUGGGAGACGCCGAUGCGACGGCCGCCGCAUCCGAACGUGCUGGAGUGGUGGACGCGCCGCACCAACUGCCGGGACGAGCCGCUCUUCGGCCUGGACUCUGAGUUCAUGCAGGAGCUGUGAAACCGGGAAUUCGAAUUGUGCUCGAGACUAACGUCUGCCUCUUCUUGCUCUUGUGUUUGUUCUCCUGGACCAUUUUUAUUGUACUUUUGCAAUUUAUAUGCGCUAGCCGUUGUACUCUUCGUGCAUUUGGUGCUAUUUAUGGCCCUCUGUUCUUUCGCAAUACACUUUUACACGUAAUUCUUUGCAGAAUAAACUUUUAGCCCGC